AUGAGAAUUGGGCCUAUUUCCCUUGAUUUAGAUUGCAAAAAGAAUAUAAGCAGUGCUGAAGUAAAGGAGAACCGUAACAUUGGCAAUUUAGAAGAUCAUUCAGUUGCUUCUAAUGAAAGAUCAAGAGUAGCAGCUUCCAGGGUUAAAAGAAAAAGGCCUCUAGAAGAGGGCAACCGUGGACAUUUCUGCAAAUUUCAGCUCAUCUGCAAGAAGAUCUCGUGGACUGUAACACCAAAGAACGCCCUGGUUCAGCUACAUGAACUUAAACCUGGUUUACAAUACAAAAUGAUUUCUCAAACAGGCCCUGUCCAUGCCCCAGUAUUUGCAGUUGCUGUGGAGGUCAAUGGACAUACAUUUGAAGGCACUGGCCCAACGAAAAAGAAAGCCAAAAUGAGAGCUGCCGAACAAGCCCUCAAGUCAUUUGUGCAGUUUCCCAAUGCAUCUCAAGCGCACUUCGCCAUGGGAAAUUGUUUCAACCCAUCUACAGACUUUACAUCAGACCUAGAAGACUUUCCAGACACUCUGUUCAAAGAGUUUGAACCAUCUACACACAGUAAGGAAUUUUCGGUCUGUGCCCCUGUUAAUAAUGAAUUGCUUUCUAAGGCCUGCCGCCAAGGGAAGCUACUCUACCACACGCUGGGCUUCAUGGGCCACCCGAAACAAAACAAGCACAAGAUGGCACCCACCGUCAAGAGCGAAAAGAACCCAGUGGUGUUGCUCAAUGAGCUGCGGUCUGGACUGAGGUACGUCUGCCUUUCGGAGACUGUGGAGAAGCAGCAUACCAAGCGUUUUGUGAUGGCUGUGAGAGUGGAUGGGAGAACAUUUGAAGGCUCGGGACGUAGCAAGAAGCUGGCUAAAGGUCAAGCAGCACAGGCUGCGCUGCAGGCCCUCUUUAACAUUCGUCUGCCCAGUCAAAUUCCCAGCAGGAGGAAAUGUAAUCAUUUGCCACAGGAAUUUGCUGAUUCCGUGUACCAAAUAAUUACAGAGAAAUUUCAGGAAGUGACGGAUAACUUUGCUGCCCUCCAUGCAUGCCACAGAUCCCUUGCAGGAAUUGUAAUGACUAGAGGUAUGGACAUUCAGCAGGCUCAGGUUAUUGUGCUCUCUUCAGGCACCAAAUGCCUAAAUGGAGAAUACCUAAAUGAUCAAGGACUUGUUGUCAACGAUUGCCAUGCAGAAAUUGUGGCUAGGAGAGCUUUCAUUCACUUCCUUUACUCACAGUUGGAGCUGCACUUGAGACAACAAGAAGACAGCGAGCGAUCAAUCUUUGUGCGGUUAAAAGAGGGAGGCUACAGGCUAAAAGAGAACAUUCUGUUCCAUUUAUACGUGAGCACAUCACCUUGUGGAGAUGCACGCCUCAAUUCCCCCUAUGAAAUCACAUCUGACUUGAAUAGCGUUAAACACAUAGUAAGAAAGUACCGUGGGCAUCUUCGAACGAAAAUUGAAUCUGGAGAAGGAACCAUUCCAGCUCGAUGUACCAAUGGAAUUCAAACAUGGGAUGGUGUGUUGCUGGGGGAACAGCUAAUCACAAUGUCUUGCACAGACAAAAUUGCCAGAUGGAAUGUCCUUGGGUUACAAGGCGCACUUCUUAGCUACUUCAUCGAGCCAGUAUAUUUGCAUAGCAUUAUUGUGGGAAGUCUCUCUCACACUGGUCACCUUUCACGGGUAAUGAGCCAUAGAUUAGAAGAUGUUGGUCAACUUCCAGCUUCAUACCGAUGUAAUCAGCUUCUCCUGAGUGGAGUGAGUAACGCUGAAAGGAGAAAGGCUGGGAAAUCUCCUGGUUUCAGUGUGAAUUGGAUAGCAGGCACAGCAGACUUAGAGCUUAUUAAUGCCACAACAGGGAAAAAAAACUGUGGGAGUUGUUCACGACUCUGCAAGCACAUGUUUUACACUCAGUGGGCAAAGCUUUAUGGAAAGCUGAGCACACCGAUAUCAAGCCAUGGAGAAGUGCCAUCAGUGUACAGCGAGGCCAAGUUGGUGGCACAUGUCUAUCAGUCUGCCAAACAGCAGCUGUUCAGAGCAUUUCAAAAGGCAGGCUUGGGCACUUGGGUGAAAAAACCCCCAGAGCAAGAUCAAUUUCUACUCAUGGUGUGA